AUGGCUAUUGGUGGGGCGAACUCGAUGAGCCCAACAAGCCCCGUCAGUUCGCGUCAUGGCGGUGCGACAAAGCGCAAGCGAAGCGCUGGGUUCGGGGGGCUCGAGAGCAGUCCGGGCAGUUUGAUCGACCACGACGAAGAUCAUGCAGACAAUGAGAAAAAGAGACAACCUGGUGUCAAAAGAGCUUGUAACGAGUGUCGCCAACAGAAGCUUCGCUGUGACGUGGUCCAGGACCCUUUCCAAAGUUGCUCGCGGUGUCGACGUCUCAAGCUAGAAUGCAAGAUCGAGUCCAACUUUAAACGUGUCGGAAAGCGUAGCAAGCACGCCGAGAUGGAAAAGGAGAUUGAGCGCCUGCGACGAAACGUUUCAAACGCACAGGCCCAGGGGUUCAUCGCGGACGAGGACGACGACCAAAUCAAUUCUCCAAUCACGCAUACUACGCAGUACACACACGUUCGCAACCCGUCUCUAAUGGGGUCGGACGAAGCCGUUUCGUCGUUACUCCAUCUUAAGAGGGGUGGCUCGUACAAUGUACCACACUAUUCCCACGAACUCGGAGCGGUGCGCCUGACGGACGAGGAUGUAACCCAACUUUUUGGAGAAUACUUUGACGUAUAUCAUCCUUUCCUCCCCUUCCUCAACCCGCAACAGACACCGGCGCAAUAUCACCAGCAGCACCCCCUUUUAUUUUGGACGAUUGUCGCCGUCGCAGCGAGGCGUUUCUCUCCACCGAAUGCUCCUAAUUUGUUAAGCAACAUCUCUAUAGCUCUGACGAGUUUCCUUUGGACAACCAUAGGCGAGGUGCCUAGCAGCUAUUAUGUUGUCAAGGCCAUGUGCUUGCUUUGCGCUUGGCCUCUACCUACAAGCACUACGGCAUCAGAUCCAACUCAUAUUCUUUGCGGAGUCAUGAUGAAGACGGCUACGGGUAUUGGUCUGCACCGGCCAAACCACAUCCAGGAUUUCUCGCGCAUCUCAGUUGAGCUUAACCAGGAUCAACUUCGAGAUCGUGUGACCACCUGGGCUGUGUGCAACAUUGUGGCGCAAAACGUCGGCACUGGAUAUGGCCAGCCGUCGUCUACCUUGUAUGACUGGACACUGGCGAUGAGGCCUGGAGACGAUAACGCACUUCAGCUGAGUCCCGAGUUGGAGGCUCGACUCCAAAUUGAGAGAUUUUGUGACAAAGUCUCCAAGGAAAUGUACAGCAACGCAAGCGACCCUAGAGGUGUUGCCGGUGACGAGCACCGGGCUAUGCUCAUGAGAGUAUACCGACGUGACUAUGCUGAGUUGCAUGCCAACAUCAUGUCUCAGCGGUUGGGUCCGAUCGUUAACCUCCACCUCCGCGCAGCUUGCUUGCACAUGAGGCUUGCUGGAUUCUUCGAUUCCAGCACUACGCCUGGCUACAUGGACGAUUUGAUGGGGCUUUGGAGAUCUGCAACCAACUUCCUAGACGACGUCCUGGAACAAGGCCAGGCCAAAUCUCCAGGAGCCAAGAGCAGCCUCCCGAUGUUAUCAUACUGUACCAAUUACAUUCAACAAAUGCUGGUGGCGGCAGGCUUCACUAUCCUGAAGCUGAUGAGAUCGUUCUUCUCCAAGACGAUUGAGUUUGCGAGAGCCCGCUCCUUGUUCCAGCAAACCGUCCACGCAAUACGGACGACCAGUGUUGUGCACAACGACCUGCAGUGGCGUUUGGCUGAGUUGAUGUUGCAGAUGUGGAACGGCGCCCGUAUGGACAGCAAUAACCACGCCCUUGAUCCCCAUGAUGAUUCGCCAGUACAAGUUGAUGAUAGCUUACAACUCAAGGUUCGGUGUCGUCACAGCAUGAGUCUUGUAUUUGAUUCCGUUUGGCGUUGGAGAGAGGAGUAUCAGUCCCAAGGAAGAGGGACUCUAGAGAGCAUCAAACAUACACCUCAGCCGGAACCAGCAAACGAUUCUUCAGCCUCGUCGACCCAUCUCGACAGCACCUUGAUGCCAUCGCACAGUCUCGGGGCCUCCAGCAUGCUCUCAACUAAUGGUGCCCUAACUCCCGGCGCAACUGGCCUCUCCGCCCCUUCCUCCGCUCCUAACAGUCUCAUAGGGGCGAUGAACUACGGCGAUUCCAUUGACUUUUUCGACCCGCAAAACUGGAUGCUCGACGGUUUGCUCGAUUUUAAUUAUUCGUUCGUCACGCCGCUCGAGGGUGGUGUCUAG